GGCUAAAGAUGCGCUGACAAACCAGACAGGCAGGCCUCAUGGACUGGCCUUCAUCUGAGUUCGGGGUGGUCGGUUGUCAUCUUUAUUCCCUCUGCUUCUGAUAAUUUGACAAGGGCAACCAACUCCUCACACUCCUCACAACAACCAUGGCCGCUCUACGAAGAAUUGCUCCUUCGACCCUGCGCAAACUGGCGGCUUCCACUCCGAAGAGACCAGCUUGCGCCCUGCCCAAGACAAAAGACGUGCUGCUCCCUCAGAAUCAGAAUGUACCGACAAGACGGUUUCACUCGAAACCACGGAAAGCGGCGGCGUCUGGAGCUGGGGAGGCUUCCAACCCUCCCAUGUCGUUCCCCUGCAUCGAUGCGCUCGAGAACCGAUCCGCCUCGCUACAGGCAAGCUUUGCCUCCAGCGGCCCCGAACCCUCAUACACCUCCGGAGCCACGCAGACAUGGAACUGCGAAGAGCCUCUCCUCCUGGACUGGGGCGGUGUGCUGCCCGAGUUCAUCAUCGCCUACGAGACGUGGGGGCGGAUGAACGACGACAAGUCCAACGUCAUCCUCUUGCACACCGGCCUGUCCGCUUCCUCCCACGCCCGCUCGACCGAGGUCAACCCAGAACCGGGAUGGUGGGAGAAAUUCAUCGGCCCCGGCGCCGCGCUGGACACGGAUAAAUACUUCGUCGUCUGCACCAACGUCAUCGGCGGCUGCUACGGCUCCACCGGCCCCAGCAGCACCGACCCGGCCGACGGGCAGCGGUACGCCACGCGGUUCCCCGUCCUGACCAUGGACGACAUGGUGCGCGCCCAGUUCCGCCUGCUCGACAGCUUGGGCGUGCGGAAGAUCUACGCGAGCGUGGGCUCCAGCAUGGGCGGCAUGCAGUCCCUGGCCGCCGGCGUCCUCUUCCCCGACCGCGUCGGCCGGAUCGUCUCCAUCAGCGGCUGCGCGCGGAGCCACCCGUACAGCAUCGCCAUGCGCCACACGCAGCGCCAGGUCCUCAUGAUGGACCCCAACUGGAAGCGCGGCUUUUAUUAUGGUGGCCUCCCGCCCCACGCCGGCAUGAAGCUGGCGCGCGAGAUCGCCACCGUCACCUACCGCUCGGGGCCCGAGUGGGAACAGCGAUUCGGCCGCCGCCGCGCCGACCCGGCCAAGCCGCCCGCGCUGUGCCCCGACUUUUUGAUCGAGACCUACCUCGACCACGCCGGCGAGAAGUUCUGCCUCACCUACGACCCCAACAGUCUGCUCUACGUCAGCAAGGCCAUGGACCUGUUCGAUCUCGGCCGCGCGCACCAGCUGGCCACCCGGGCGCGCAGGGCCCAGCGCGAGAAGCAGAUCGAGGAGGCGGGCGCCGCCUCCGCCUCGUCGUCCGCCGACCUGGCCUGCAGCCUCACCUUGCCGGAUCAGCCGUACGAGGAGCAGCCGGCGCCCAACGGCGAGGCGGUCUCGUCCGACUCUAUUACGGUGGAGGUUUCCUCCCGUCCGCCUGACGAUCUGGUGGCCGGCUUGGCGGGGCUGCGCGAUAUCCCGACGUUGGUCAUGGGUGUGGCGAGCGACAUUCUCUUCCCGGCGUGGCAGCAGCGGGAAGUGGCCGAGGCGCUCAAGCUGGCUGGGAACCGGAACGUGGCGUAUACCGAACUGAGCGAGGAGAUGAGCAUGUUUGGACACGAUACCUUCUUGUUGGACCUGAAGAAUAUUGGAGGCAAUGUCAGGAACUUCUUGGGUUGAAGGGCUUGGCGGGCGUUAUGUUGCAUGAGAAAGCUUUUGAACUAUUCCCGUGGAUUCUUGUCAACGAGGCUCGCCACCAGAGCUCGUGGUCAGUAGUAAAUCAGCGAUACCAGCGUGCACACCGGAGUGCUAUUUUGGAGGAAACAAAAUAUAUACAUGUAUUUGAUGUACGCAUGAAUAGGCGAUCACCACAAGCAGUCGUGCAGAAGACGGAUACAUGAAAAGACAGUCACAUGAUUCAAAUCACGCCUGGGAAAAC